AUGCAGAGCGAAAAUUUGAAGAAGGAGACGAAUAUUUUGCGGAAUAUCACUCAAGCGAGUGGUGCUAUUCGCCGCAAGCAUAAAAUGAUAAAAUUGGGUAGAGAAACCACUGAGAAGGCUAUGAGUGAAGUACUCAAACCAGUAAUAACUCCGCUCGAGAAAUUGGUGGAUCAGUCGGUAAUGAAGGAAUCUUCAAAUAAGAAGCGAAGAAAGAGGAAGAUAGCUGGUACUACUGUUCGAAUGCAGAAAGAUAUGGAUGAUGACUAUGAGAGUCCUUCUCAAUAUGAAUCUCUAGAAGAACGCUCAUCUGUUUUAGAAAGCAAACUUACAAGCACCCCUGUGAAAAAAAUAUCCCCAAUAAAAGCUAUGAAUCCAACUGAUCGUAUUUCAUCAACGAAGCCGGAAUCUCCUAUAGCUUCACACAAGCUUCUUCAAACGUAUCUAGAUCGAUACGAUACAGAGCGUGAGAAGACUGAUUUGGAUACAGAAUAUGGUGUUCGUUCUUUGAAAAAUAAUAUGAAGAUUGGUGAUUCUGUGGUCACUUUUCAUGGAAAUUCAAUGACCCUCAAAGGUGAGGAAUAUACAUUAAAUCCUGGUCUAAUUGAAUUGAUCCUUAAGAAGUCACCUAACAUGAUUCUCAUAACCGAAACUGAUAAACAUACUUACGGUAAUAUCAUACGGAGUACAAAUGCUCAUCGAAUGUGGUACAAGCCUAGUGGAGCUAUUCGAACAAGCAGCAGCAUGAAAUAUCACAAUAUUAUCGCAAAUCUCAUUGACUCCAAGAAAACUGGAACAGCGCUUCCUCAUCAUAUGAUUGCAUCAAUAAAACCUAAAAAAAUGGACUAUGUAUAUUGGGAUGAUCCAAAUGAGUUAGUGGAUAGACUCCGAUUGCUUAUGGCAUCACAAUCAGCUGGAAAUAUAAGUCACACGAAAUUAUGUCAAUAA